GUUGGUAUAAAUCACUAGUACGAACUAGGAAAGAAGUACCAGCUACAACCAGCAUCGCGUCUCUCUCUCUCUCUUUCGUUGAAUCCAAUGGCAUCGCGAGACAAGAAACCAGCCAAGCCUUCGAGCAGUCGUACCGGCGGUAUCCGCACUCUUUCCGAUCUGAACAGACGUUCCGGUCCCGAUUCUGACAGCGACGAUGAUGCUCCCCAAGAGUACUACACCGGUGGCGAAAAGAGUGGUAUGCUUGUUCAAGAUCCUACAAAGGGUAAUGAUGUGGAUGCAAUAUUCAAUCAAGCUAGGCAAUUAGGAGCUGUUGAAGGUCCUCUCGAUCAAUUUCGUCCAUCUUCAAGCUCCAGAAGCUUUACUGGAACUGGUAGAUUACUCUCAGGGGAAACUGUACCAUCUGCUCCUCAGCAACCUGAGGCUGUUAUUCACAAUAUUGUUUUCUGGACUAAUGGUUUCACUGUAAACGAUGGCCCUUUGAGAAGGUUGGACGAUCCUGAAAAUGCAUCUUUCUUAGAGAGCAUCCGAAAGUCCGAGUGCCCAAAGGAACUUGAGCCAGAGGAUAGAAGGUCCUCAGUUCAUGUCAAUUUGAUUAGAAGGGAUGAACAAUGUCCAGAACCAGAGAAGCAGCGCCACGUUCCAUUUCAGGGUGUGGGGAGAACUUUAGGUAGCAGUACCCCAACGACAACUGAACCAACAGUCGAUCCAACUCCUCUUAACACUGCUCCGACGCCAUCUAUGGGCCUGGUUGUGAAUGAAACAUUGCCAUCAACUUCAAUCCAGCUUAGGUUGGCAGAUGGGACCCGCAUGAUUGCUCACUUCAAUUUCAAUCAUACCGUGAAUGAUAUUCGAGCUUUCAUUAAUGCAUCUAGACCUGGAGGUGCUCAGAAUUAUCAGCUGCAGCUGAUGGGAUUUCCACCCAAGCUUCUUUCUGACCCAACUCAAACAAUAGAGGAAGCAGGGCUUGGAAAUUCAGUUGUUAUUCAGAAAUUCUAGCCAGGAUGAAUAAGAGGUUGUCCACUUUCUUUAGUCAUCACUCGGUUGCUUACUGUGCCAAGCGAACCGGAUACUAUAAACGUAUGGACCCCAAUCUCCAUUUCCUUAUAUUAAAAGAGGGUUUUGGUCGCUGGUUGCAUGGUUAUUAGAAUUGAGUAUUAUGAUUUGAAUCUGUUGCACAUCGUGUUUUCUAAGUUGAAUGUAAUCUUCUGUGCAUUCUUUGCAUUAUCAUUUGCCAUUCUAGGAAGUGAUUUUUGUCCGUUUCCCAAAAUAUUAGGCAUCGAAGCCUCGAGGAUGACUAGUACUGAGUGUAACUAUAGGAAAAUUGUUGUAUGAAAGUUUACAUUCGUAAUUAAUACAUUAAUAUUAAGUGUCUCGGAAAAAAAAAA